AUGGAUGCUAGAGACAAGCAGCUUUUACGCUCCCUGCGUCUGGAGCUCUGCACAGAGGUGCUGGUGGAUGGAAUUGUUAUUCAGUAUCUCUACCAAGAAGGGAUUCUCACAGACAGCCAUGUUCAAGAAAUAAAAUCUCAAACCACCAGUCAGAGGAAAACCAUGAUGCUCCUUGAUAUUCUCCCCACCAGAGGACCCAAGGCUUUUGAUGUGUUCUUGGAUUCUUUACAGGAGUUCCCAUGGGUUAAAGACAAGCUGGUGGUGAAGCGUAAGGAAAUAACAGUGCCAGAUCCUGCAGGCGAUGCCGUAACUGAAAUUGCACCAUGUAUUUUGAAGACUUCACCAACAGAUCAGCAGCUGAACAAGCUUGCAAGGAGACUGGGACCCGAAUGGGAGCAUAUAGUUCUGUGCUUGGGUUUGUCCCACACUGACAUCUAUCGAUGUAAAGUCAAUCACCCUCACAACCUGCAGUCACAGAUUGUAGCUGCCUUUGUCCUGUGGAGACAGCGUUUGGGGAGAAGAGCAACAAUCCAAAGUCUGCAAGCCAGUCUGAUGGCAGAAGAAGUGGAUCCUUCUGUGCUACAGUACAUGCUUGAGUGAAGCCUUGCUAUUGAUUGGGAGCUUGCAAGUACAUUGUUAGAUUAAUUAAGGAGUAUUCACUGAAAUGUAUGUUGGAGAUCUGACACCUCAAACUGGAAAAAAUGGGAUUGGGAACUGUGGUUUUAUUAAGCUGAAACAUUCCAAUUUUCUGUGGUAUCUUGUGACUUGUAAUUCUUUUCAUGUCAGAUUAAUUUUUAGCAGGCAUUAAAAAGUGGAUCACUC